CGGGAGCGGGAGGCAGCCAAUGCCGGCAGACGGGAAAUGGCACCGGGGAAGCGGGGAGGAGGAGGGGAGCGGCAGAGAAGUUCCUGAAGUUUUCUGUCCUGGAUAGUUGGAAUAAAUCUCAUUUUCUCUGGUCUCCUUGCCGAGUCGAGGAUUGGCUCGGCAGUGCUGCAGCCCGCCCUCCUCCUUCCCACGUCCCCUCCCCGCCAGCUUCGCUCCCUCUCUCCCGUGGCAUCAGGGCGUCAGCCUGGGAGAGCCAGCCUUGGGGGGACAGCCGUGGGAAAAGGAGGGGGCAGGGCCCCCCCUUUCUCCCCCACUCCACUCCGGAACACAGCACCGGUAAUCCUUGGAACAAGUUACAGGGGCCUGCGGAGAGUGUCUCGCAACUUUUCGUCUGGAGGACGGGGAAAAAAUAAUAGCCCUGGUUGGAAAGAGGUGGCCAAUAAGGGGACCGAUGCUCUUGCCCUGCCGGUCCACCUGAAGCUCUCUUCGUUGCCUGCUGCCCCAUCCGUGACUGGCUCCCACUCACCCAGCAGCAGAAGAAGACAGUGGAUUAACCUCUAAGUCCACGACCAGACACAGCUUCCGGUGACCUCUGCAGAACGGGGGUGACCCAGACACCCCCUGGGGACAUCUGCGUGCCACCACUGUCCUCACCACUGAGGACGUACGCUCUGGGGGUGAUUUCAUGAGCACGACGUAGUGCAGGGAAGCGGGAAACUGCCGAAAGCCGAAGCGACAUGCACUGUCACCCCAAGAGCAUCGGAGCAGAAGUAGUGGGGAGGCUGGGGAUGUGACAGACCCCCCCAGUGCCGGAAGCCUGGUGAGGGCUGAUUUUUGGAGCUUUUUCAAAGGCAGGGCGAAGGGUGCAACAUGAGCCUGGGGAAGCUGCCGGUGCUGAGCUGGGUGUCAGGCUCCCACGGCAAGCGGCGGCUGAAGUCGGAGCUGACGCCGGACAUGAUCAGCCCGCCGCUGGGCGACUUCCGGCACACCAUGCAUGUGGGGCGCGGAGGGGACGUCUUCGGGGACACCUCUUUCCUUAGCAACCACGGCGGGGCCGACACGGCCAAACCCAACAACUUCUUCGCCCGGACGCUGCGGCACGUCCGCCGGAGCCCGCUGAAGAGACGGGGCAGCGGGGGCCAGGUGGGGGCCUCGCCCGCGCCCCCGGCCGUCUCGCCCAUCAUCAAGAACGCCGUCUCGCUGCCGCAGCUCAAUGAGGCCAUGUAUGAUGGGGACAGCGGCGGCCGGGGCCUGACCAGCAAGUUCUCCUUCAAAAGUGCCUCCAACAGCUUCUCCAAAACACACCAGGCCUACGGGCUGGAGUCUGGAUUUUGCACCAUCCCUCGUGUCCCUCGCUUGGAAAAGGCCCAAGAGAGCACCUGUCCUGGGGAAGAUGAGCUGGAUCGCUCCGACUCCCUGCUGUCCUUCCGCCUAGACCUGGGGCCCUCCCUGAUGAGUGAGCUCCUCCAGAUGAUGAGCUUCUCUGAAACCAAUGGCAGCGAGGUGGGGGAGGAUGGCCCACACCUCCUGUGUGAAGAGGGGACCAAGGACAGGGUCCCUGCAGCAGUGCGUGCAUCCCAGGAAGAGGACAAGGCAGCAUCCAGCUUCUGGGACCACUCCAGGCAGAGCAACGUGUCAGGGGCCAGCUCACUGCCAGGCCUGUCGGUCCAUGCCAACGGAGAGGCACGUGCCAUUGAAGGCGCUGGAGCGAACUCUGUCUGGGCUUCGGGGCCAGGGGCGGUGUCCAGAGGGUCCCCGUGGCAAGGCCACUGGAACGACUGCACCAUUGAGGCUGGAGAAUUCGACCGAGCAACCCAGGUCCUGGCCCGCCACUACGGUGGGACCAGCACCCCACGGAGCUCGGAGAAGGGUGAGGGUCCCCGGCAGGCCCGGACACAGGCCCCGUGGGAGAGCCCCAGCAGCAGCUUGUGGGGGUCACAAGUGACAAGGGAGAGCCGGUCCCCUGAGGCCAGCUGGAGCCAAGGAGAGGAGGAGGAGGAGACCAAGCUCUCCAGCCUGCAGGAAAGCUACAGCGGUGCCCGAGGGGGCCGCAGCAAUUCCUUCGAGUAUGCCGAUGAGGAGGAGGAAGAGGACGAUGAAGUCAAGGUGUGAACAGCCAUCCUGCCCAUCAGAGGCCCCACCAGAGACACUGGUGCCAGGGUCUUUGCCCUCCUCCCUGUGCCCCGCCCGCUGGUGCCGGUGUCACCAGCAGACCCAGUGGGUGACCUCCUUGCCAAGUGGGGGCACUGGGCAGGCCGGGGAGGGAAGGAGGAGAGCCCAUGUCCUGGGGGGCCCCCUGGGGCUGGGCCAGGCUGCUGCAGAGGGCCAGUGCGCUCCACAGAGCCAGGCAUAGCACCCCUUCUCCAGCCUCAUGGCCAUUAGACAUCAAAGGAACAUUCCCAUGUGCCAAAGGAACCCCCAAUCCUUCCUAGCCCAUCCCAUUCUCCCCAGAACCCUCUCUCUCAACCUUUAGCCUAGCUCCACCAGCAUGUCUGGGGAAAUACUCCAUCCUUCCACUGAUGUCCACAACCAUCCUCUGCAAUGGCACGCAUGCCUCCCCAGAGAUAUUCCCACUGAUAGCUCUGGCACUUAGGGGAUGGGGUUUCCCCAGCUCCAGCUGGUGCAAGACCCUUCAGAAUAGCACAUCUAUCAACAGGGGAAUGUCAGCUGGGGUCCCAAGGGCAGGCAAACCCCACAGAGCUGAGCUUUCUCUUUUCCCCUGCCCUCCCCAAAAAGCUGCGUGCUCGGUGUUCAGGAGGUGACAGCACGCACAGAAAUAAUCAGGAAUGUUUUCACUUGCCUCCUGCUGCUGGGCACCGCUUAGGACUGCUUCCUUCCUGACCCCCACUCCCCUCAGCAAUUGAGAGGGGAGAAACUUCUUGGCUGACUGGUGGCAAAGGCAGGUUGUCAGGUCACCAAAUUCUGCAGUACAGGCCCUAAAAGAUAUUGUCACUGAUUCCUUUAUUUUCCCCCUGCCUCAGAACAAGGAGAUUGCUCUGCAGCCACUCAGUUUGUGCCACCAUCCUCGUGGUGGUGGCACAGUUUGUGUCUCCAUCCUUGUCUCCCUGCCCAUUCCCCACACACACACCCCUCUUUGCAGCACACCCCUUCCCGAGGGUAAUGGCUGAUGUCCCUUGCCGAGUGGCCCUGGUGACACAGCCGCCCUGGAAUGAGCUGUCCCCCACGCUGGCCCGUGUGCAAACCAGCCCUCAUAGAAGCGCCUUUGUGCCGUGGUGUGGAGCCGGCGUGCUCGGGGGCUGAGGUCAGCGGAGGGACCCUCACAGGACCCCCCUUGUUCUCUGGGACAGGAGGGCGUGUGCAGUGGGAGGAGAUGCUGGGCCAUGGCUGCAGGACUCUGCUCCCACGCAGCUCACCCGCCACGCAGCUGCUUCUGCCAGGAAGCUCUUCAGAGCGGGAUAAAGAGCUGCAGGGUGCGCACGUGCUGCACAUGGAAGUGCCACUUGCAGCCAGACCACCAAGGUUAAGGGCAAGCCCAUGUUCCCCAGCCUCCCCAAGGGGCUGCCCCAUGCCAGCCAGCAGCAGCAAACCAGGGCAGGCACCAGCUUCAGGAAGUCCCCAGGUCUGGCCACUGGCAGCCAGCAGGAUCAGCCUUAUUCUCCCUUGCACCUUCCAGGGUGGGGACCUGGGCUCUCAGGAUGAGCUCUCCUCUGCCCUCUGCUUCCCGGACCAUAACACAAGACCAAAGACCCAUAUCUGUGGAAUUAUCCUUUCUGCCUCUCUUCUGUAUCCCAUGCACUUAUUAUUGUCCUCAUUAAAACAGUUUUGAUACUAACUUC